GCUGCCAGUUCCACAGCGGUCCACUGGUGAGGUAGACCUCAUCUUUGCAUCAACGCUGCGCGCUCUGCCUCUGCCUCUGCCUCUGGGAUUCUACAGUCGUCAAUCAUACUCUCUGGAAAAACCCUAACUUUCUUAGUAAUGUGCUCUUCUUCUUCUUUUGCAUCUACCUUCUCUUUAUUCCUUACCAAGUCGCCGUCGAUUUCACGACGACGGAAUGUCAUUUCCCCCAAUUCGCAUCUAUUCCUCGGCCAUCUCAGGCCCACUAACUCUACAUUUCGUAUUACUGCCUCAAUUACUGAAAGAGACCUUGAGCUCUCGUCUUGGUUUAAUCCCGACCAACCCAACGGCGAUGACACCUAUGGUGGCUGGAUAUUUCUCAACUCUCCCACCAGCGUCGCAAAAACUGAGAAACAAGGGCUGCCUCGUUUUUUAAUAGGGGUGGUUGGGACCUCGCUUGUUGUUUUGUUCGCCGUUAUUGCUCAGAUUUCACUAUCUAGAAGAGGGUUUAAGUUUCAGUGGCGUCGUACUCCCUUGAGAUCAUUAGAAGGGGUAUUUAGUCGUAUGGAAAAUGUAAGUGAUGAAGGAAAAACAGUGGAGGAUACUUUAACCAAUGACGACCUACCGAUUGAAUCUGGUGCUGAGUCUAUACCUGAUUCUAAGAUUGAUGACUCUGUUACUUCAGAUUCUGGGAAUAAGCUUGAACGAGUUAUACUCACCGUUCCUGUCGAUUCUGCUCAAGACGAAGCUUUAUCAAUUUUGAAGAAACUUAAGGUUAUGGAAGAUGAUAUUAAUGCUGGAGAGUUGUGUAGUAGAAGGGAAUAUGCAAGGUGGCUAGUUCGUAUGUAUUCGUCAUUGGAAAGGAAUCCAAAACACCAUAUUAUUCCAUCUGUUUCGCUUUCUGGGUCAACAGUUGCUGCUUUUGAUGAUAUAAGUUUUGAAGAUCCUGAUUUUGAGUCCAUUCAAGCUCUAGCAGAAGCGGGUAUCGUACCCAGCAAGUUAUCACCAAACUAUGGAUAUGAUGGCUUGGGUGAUCGAGAGAAAACUUAUUUUUUUCCUGAGAGAUUUGUAUCUCGCCAGACUUUAAUAGACUGGAAAGCUCAGUUAGAUUACGAGUUUGCUUCUGGAAUGCUAGAACAGAUAUCAAGUACAAAGGUGGAUUUUAUGGACUUGAAGGAGAUCAGUUCAGAAGCAUCGCCACAACUGUUCAUGGAUAUUUUAGCUGGGGAGAGAAGCAUUCUCAGAAAAGUUUUUGGUCGAAUCAAACGGUUUCAACCAAACAAGCCUUCAACAAAAGCACAAGUAGCAGUCACACUGGCAAGUGGCAGAAUGACAGAAGCAAUCUCUGCUGAAUUAUCAAGACUGGAAUCCGAGAGUUCUGCUAGAAAAGCUGAGAUAGAAGAUAUCAAGUUGGAAUUGGUAGAAAGAGGAGACAUACAAAGGUAUUGGGAUAAGAAGCUAACUGAGGAGAAAAAACGCCUUAUGAAGGUGGAGGAACUUUAUCUUGCUGCUGUCAAUGAUUUGGGAGAGGAGAAGAUAGUUCAAGAGAAGUUCUUUUCCGAGUAUUUAAAGGAGAAGACAUCUAUAGACUGUCAGAGGCAAUUGCUUCUCAGCCUCAAGGAAGAGGUUGAUGGGAUGACAGAAAAGCUUCUUUCUGAGAGAUCUGUAUGUGAGACAGAGCAGAGUGACCUACACAAUAUGCACGCCGAUUUACAGAACCAGCUUGAAGGGAUGCUUGAUACGAAAGCUGUGCUUGAAGCUGAGAAAGAAGCUCUCCGUAUUCUUAGAUCUUGGGUAGAAGAUGAAGCAAGGAAAAGCCAAGCUCGUGCUAAGGUUCUUGAGGAGGUUGGACGAAGGUGGAAAUGGGAUGAUCAAGCUUGAAUUUUUCCCAAACACUGCGAUGUAAAGUUGCCCCCAAGUUCAUUCAUAAAUUAUCAACUUGAGGUAUCGGCAGUAAGAAGAGUUCAUGAUGUAUUUUUGCAAAUAUAAUUGCAAGUCGAAUCAAAGGAUUUCAUUACAAUAUCUUGCUGUCGUAACAGACUUGAUCAGAAAUUAAUCCAGAUUGAGAAUUCAAGCUUUAACUUUAUUUUCACCGAGAAUGUAAAAAUUUUGCUUAUACUGUUGAAUCUAUUGCUCCUCGAUUUGAUCCCAGGUCUUGUAUA